CAAAUAAAGAAUUGAUUUCCAAUGAGAGAGCUGGAAAGAUUGUAGAACAAAGCGUUUCAUCAAUCAGAACAGUCGUUGCGUUUGGUGGAGAGCAUCGUCAAGUAAAACUAUACGACGAUAGUCUCGCGGAUACGUGUAAAUACGCAAUAAGAAAAGCUGUUAGUGUUGGAUGUGGAAUGGCAGCAUUUCAGAUAGUUCUCUUCGUUGAUUAUGCUGUGUCAAUAUGGUAUAUAAUAAAAUUGGCCAGAGAAAGCGAUAAAACACCUGGAGAUGCUUUAACUGUAUUUUUUGCUGUAACAAUGGGAUCAAUGAUCCUUGGACAAACAGCAGCAACAUGCUUUCAAGCAAUUACCUCAGCCAGAGGAGCGGCAUUCAUCAUAUUCAGAAUCAUCGAUCAGGAAUCACAAAUUGAUGCUUCUUCGAACGCUGGAGAAAAGUUGGAGAAUGUUGUUGGCAACAUAGAAUUUACUAAUAUCCAUUUUGCUUACCCACGAAGACCUGAAGUUGAGGUUUUAAAAGAUUUUAAUCUAAGCAUACGAAGUGGAACAUGCGUUGCACUUGUAGGAGAAAGUGGUUGUGGGAAAAGCACAAUUGGAAAAUUGCUGCAGAGAUUUUAUGAUCCAGGUGAAGGCAGUGUUCUGCUUGAUGGUGAGAACAUCAAGGAUCUUAAUGUCAGUCACCUUCGUGGCAAUAUUGGUGUAGUUGGUCAAGAACCAUCCUUAUUCUCAACAACUAUUGCAGAAAAUAUCGCUUUCGGUCGUGAGGGAGUUACACAAUAUGACAUAGAAAAGGCUGCGAAGAUAGCAAAUGCUCACGACUUUAUUCUUCGUUUCCAAAAAGGAUACGAUACAUUAUGUGGUGAACGCGGGACACAAAUGAGUGGUGGUCAAAAACAACGAAUAGCUCUUGCUAGAGCUUUGGUUGGCAAUCCUAAGAUCCUAGUGCUUGAUGAAGCCACAUCUGCUCUGGAUUCGGAGACUGAAGCUGCCGUACUAAAAGCUAUACGCAAUGAUGGAGAAGAACGCACGACAAUAAUUAUUGCUCAUCGACUUUCGACAGUUCGCGACGCUGAUGUUAUUGCCGUCAUAGAUGAAGGGCAUGUGGUUGAAGCAGGAACACGUGAGGAACUUAUGGAACUUGAUGGACUAUACAGCAGUCUUGUAAAAUUACAGCAGGCGAACUACGAUGACGAUGCUGACGAGGACGAAAGCAGUUUUGAUGAAAAGCAUUACUUUCAAAUAUCUGAAGAUGGUGCACACAAACUAGCUUCUGUAGUGUCCACAAUCGGUGAAUCUCAAGUCAGAACGUUAAUGGUUGAUAACUCCGACGAAAUAAAACCGAUAUCGUUCGUUAAAAUACUGAAAUGGAACUCUCCGGAUUGGAAAUUCAUGUUUCUUGGUUGUUUUGGUGCUAUGUUGUAUGGUGCUUAUCCAUUCCUGUAUGGUAUUACUUUUGGUGAAGUACUUCACACGAUGAGGUACAAUCCCAAAAUUGAAGAAGAAAACGAGGCGAUGCAACGAGAUGCAGAUUUUUACAUUUUUUUCUACAUCGUUAUUGGAGUGGAAAGUGGACUAGGAAUAUUUUUACAGAACUGGUGUUUCUCAUCCUCGGGCGAAGCACUGACAAAACGAUUGAGAAAAAGAGCACUUUCCGCUGUUCUGAGACAGGACAUGGCUUAUUUUGACAACCCUGGCAACGGAACUGGAGCGAUAUGUUCUCUUUUGGCCACCGAAGUGUCUUCGAUUCAAGGAGCGACAGGUCCACAACUUGGUUUAGUUGUGUCAGCUCUGGUUACCACAGUUGGUGGUCUGAUAGUUGCUUUCAAUGCCUCCUGGCAACUUACUUUAACGAUGGUGGCUUUUUUCCCUAUUAUUCUAAUCGUCGUGCCUUUAAUAAUCUAUUGCCUCCGAGGAAACGACUGCGAUAAAGCAGUCGCUUGUUAUGCUGAGGUGGUUGAAGAAUCUUUCACCAAUAUAGAGACUAUCGCAUCAUUCAAUCGUGAGAGUGAAUGUUUUGCGAAGUACGAGGAAGCAGCGAUUGCAAUGCACAAAAAGGGCAAGAAAGAUAGCCAUUGUUUGGGUGUUCUUGCAGGAACACUAAUGGCGAUAAUCAAUCUUAGCUUUGCAGUCGCUUUUCGCCUUGGUGGUUAUUUAGUAACAGAAAAGGAAGUCACACUAAGAGAUAUGAUGAAAUCGAUAUUUACUGUAGUGUUAUCGGCCAUAGUUGUUGGUAAUGCCAUCUCCUCUGCUCCAGAUUAUGUAAAGGCUAAAAGAGCAGCGGAAAAAUUAUUUCAUCUUUUUGAAAGAAUCCCCUUUAUUGAUUCGUAUUCAAAUAGUGGAAAACUUCCGGGUCAAUGUCGUGGUAAUUUAUUCCUAUCCAAUGUUAUCUUCAGAUAUCCUUCACGACGUAAUUAUAAAGUCUUACGUAGUUUUGAUGUGACAGCUCAGUCAGGACAAACUAUCGCCGUUAUAGGGACGAGUGGUUGUGGCAAAACCACAAUGAUGUCACUUAUUCCACGAUUCUAUGACGUCAAUGUUGGAAGUGUGUGCAUCGACGGUAAUGACGUCAAAGAUUUAAAUUUACAUUGGCUUCGAAGUCAGAUCGCUAUUGUAUCACAAGAGCCAGUCUUGUUCGACAUGACAAUUAAAGAGAAUAUCUCUUAUGCUGACACCACAGGAAAUCUAUCUGAUACUGACAUUAUUAAAGCUGCGAAAUUAGCAAAUAUUCAUGAAUUCAUCAUGUCUCUACCAAAGGGUUAUGACACUGUAGUAGGCGACAAAGGAACGCUUUUAUCCGGAGGUCAAAAACAAAGGAUUGCCAUUGCACGAGCUAUGGUUCGCGACCCGAAAAUACUCCUCUUUGACGAAGCUACCAGCGCGUUGGACGCUGAAAGCGAAAAGGUAGUUCAGAAUGCUCUGAGAAAGGCAUGUGUUGGAAGAACAACCAUUGUAAUUGCUCAUCAUUUAUCAACAAUCCAACACGCAGAUGCCAUUAUUGUAAUGAGGAAAGGAAAGGUAGCGGAGCAAGGAACACAUAAUCAACUACUGGCGUUGAAAGGAAUAUAUUAUACGUUAUUCAAAGCUCAGUCAUUAGCUGUACGUUCGACAUUUUAACCACUGGCUACUGCAUACUUGUGUUUAUACAGAUGUUAUCGAAGUAUAGGUAACUGUCUCUAAACAAGUACGUAACUGUCUCAGCCUCUAAACAGCAAUCGAACACUUUUCAGGGAUGAUUGUACGAAGCCUGUUUAGGUAAACGGUGGAUUAGCCAAAAUUAUACAACACUUUCAUAUACAUGUCGCUAACGAUUGAACAUUUGAACUUCAAUCUGACUGAUGGUGAUCUCGAGCUCAUAUUUUAGCCAACCAGCACUCAGAAUGGUUUGGAAAUAGACAUCCAUUAAUCCCCGAUUAUUUAUUUUGUUAUUUUUUAUGAAACUAGUCGUAAUUUGGUGAUUAUGCUUAGUUGUAAGAACUAAUAUA